AUGGACCAGAGGGUGGAGCAGUUAGAACAGAGCGUGAGUUCUCUUGUUAGCAACCAGAAACAAAUACUGGAACAGUUAACAGAGAUUUACGCCAAGCUUGGAUCACUAUCUUCCAGCCGAGAAGAAGGAGAGAGCUCCCAAAACCGCAAUGGCAAGCGGCCAGAAGGAAGAGUGGCCACCGAGGGCAGUCAUUCUGGCGGAAGCAAUCAUUCAUAUGCUCCUCGUUUGGUGAAACUCGAUUUUCCUAGAUUCAAUGGAACCGAGGAUCCCACGAGUUGGAUAUGCCGUGCGGAGCAAUUUUUUGGCUUCCAUGCAACGCCCAUUGAAGACCAAGUAGCGUUGGCUUCCUUUCAUCUAGAGGGAGAAGCUCAACUGUGGUAUCAAUUGGUGCAACAAGAAGCAGAGACUCUUACUUGGGCUGCCUUCAAGGUAGGCCUAUUAGCCCGUUAUGGUCCCACUCAGUUUUAUGACUAUUUUGGAGAGCUCACCAAGUUACAAAAAACUGGUACUGUUAAGGAGUACCAAACCAAGUUUGAGCAACUAUUGGCCAAGGUUGGGCACCUCCCACCUGUUCGUCAAGUAAGUUGCUUUGUGAGUGGAUUAAAGGAAGGUAUCAAGGCUGAUGUAUUAGCAGGAAGGCCAACUGAUUUGUCUAUGGCAAUCGGGUUAGCCCGAUUAUAUGAAGCUAGAAAUUCUUCGCUGCGACGAACACCUGUGACAGUUCCUGCAACUACCAGAGUUGCUCCUCAGGUCUCUAGGGAAGAUGCCCCACCACGAACCCCCUUGCAGUCCGACGAAUGUCACCCGCUGAGCUUAAAGAGCGGGCAUCGAUGCAAGAAAUUGUUUCUCAUUGAAGCUUGUACCACAGAGGAAGAUGGAGAUUUGGACAUGGAAGUGGAAGGUCCUUUUGAGGAAGAAGCUCCUGGAAUUUCCUUGCAUGCUAUUAGUGGGGGUCAGGCACCAGAGACAAUGAAGGUUGUUGGAAGCAUUGAAUCUGUUCCAGCGACUGUAUUGUUAGACUCAGGGAGUUCUCAUAAUUUUUUGAGUGAAUCCCUUGCUCAAAAAAUUCAGCUGCAACCAGUUAAGGGCCCUACGAUUCGAGUAAUGGUAGCCUCUGGAGAAAAGCUUACUAGCAAAGGAAAGUGUGUCAGUGUCAUGGUAAAGCUUGGGAAAUUUUUUACAAAGGCUGACUUCUACAUUUUAUCUCUUGAAGGGUAUGAUGUUGUUAUGGGAACUCAAUGGUUACGUACACUUGGAGAAAUCAUUUGGGACUUUUCUAAGAUGAUUAUGAGGUUCCAAAGUGCUGGUAAAAUGAUUACUUUGAAGGGUCUUACAGACCAAGUGGUGGACAGCCAUGAAAUCAAUCGUCUGUCAUCAAAACAACCUAUAGGGGCGUUGGUUCAAAUCAUGGCUAUUGAAGACCAUGACCAGCUAGAACAAGGGAGUGAUGCACAAGAACUUCAAGAAUUAUUAGGCUCAUUUUCAGAACUUUUCAGAGAGCCUACUGGUCUACCUCCCAAUCGGGUCCAUGAUCAUAAAAUUCCACUACAACUCGGCAGCCAGCCUGUGUGUUCUCGCCCGUAUCGGUAUCCUCAUUAUCAGAAGGUGGAGAUUGAGAGAUUGGUGACAGAAAUGCUCUCUACUGGAGUGAUUCGUCCUAGAAAUAGUCCUUUUUCCUCUCCAGUGAUAUUAGUUAAGAAGCAAGAUGGAACUUGGCGCAUGUGUGUGGAUUAUCGAUCGUUAAACAGGAUCACCAUCAAGGAAAAGUUCCCAAUUCCAGCUAUUGAUGAGCUUCUUGAUGAAUUAAAUGGAGCAAGGUUCUUUUCUAAAUUAGACUUGCGUUCUGGCUAUCAUCAGAUUCGAGUUCAAGACAAGGAUGUGCCAAAAACUGCAUUUUGCACUCACCAUGGGCACUAG